AUGGCGAGACGUUUCAAGCUUCGGAUUUCGCGAGUCAUCCCAUCUUUCCAAUCCUGUCGCUCCAAGGAUCCGUCCAGUCUUCCUGAAAAUCCUGUUCCUGUGUUCUUCCGCCUCUCUCCGGCUAACCCUGAAGUCAUCCACCUCGACUUACCGGCGACCCCGCCUCCGCCCAAACCCCAUCGCAACUCCCUCAAGCGCCACGUGUCUUCUGCGAUCAUAUCCGUCGGGUGUGGUUUGGGGUCGAGGUCCUCCAGGCAAUGCUUCUCCGAUGACGAUGACAGCGAAUCGCCGGAGUUCAAGUGGAAGAAGGAAGACAAGUGGCACGUGGUUGCCAAGGUCUACGACGACAACCCUCGCCAGAAAAUAUAUAACUCAUCUGUUUCCGGGGAGUCGGACGAUGAUGUGUUGCCUCCACCGCCACCUCCCACGGCGGAGAAGAAGAAACGGAGGAGUAAAAAGAAGAAAGCAGCGUUUAGAGUUCGCAUGAGUACUUCUUCAGCUGACAGUGGGUUGUUUAGCAGUGACUGUGGUCAGGAGAAUGACGGUGAGGAAACAGAAACCCUAGUUUCUUCUUCAAGAAGCUUCUCCACUGAUUCAUCGUCGGAGUUCAAUCCUCAUUUGGAGACAAUACGCGAGAUGCCCAUGAAUGGAGUGAGGCGUAAGAAAAAGAAGAACGCGAAGAAGGUUAAGAAGGUUAAACGCUGCGUUUCGAAGAGCGAUAAGGGAGGCGGGUCACCAAGAAACGCGAAGACAAGUGGGCUGUCGUCUCCAGAAAGUGAGUCGCCGGCGAGGUUGUCAAUGUUCCAGAGGCUGAUACCCUGUACUGUGGACGGAAAGGUUAGGGAGAGUUUUGCAGUGGUGAAGAAAUCGGAGGACCCCUACGAAGAUUUCAAGAGGUCAAUGAUGGAGAUGAUACUGGAGAAACAGAUGUUCGAAGAGAAGGACUUGGAGCAGCUCCUCCACUGUUUUCUGUCCCUGAACUCGCGCCACCACCAUGGAGUCAUCGUCGAGGCUUUCACAGAGAUUUGGGAUGUUCUGUUCUGUAAACCCCCGACCCACAAACGGGCGUCUAAAGCUCUCUGAAGAACAUGGAAAAUGAAAAAUAAAUAAGAUCACCUGUUUUUAAUCUUUUAUUUUUUGUUUUCUUCGUAAAAGCUGUAGGAUUUGAUAUGGAGAUUACUAGGUUCACAAUGAUCUUCUGGUCAUUCUGUCACUUCUCUCUAUGAAUUUUAUCCAGGAAUUAUGAAAAAAA